ACGAGACACAAACCCUCAGCAACCAUGGCGUUACCCCUGCAAGCUGGCCUGACGCCAAUGGAGGUCGCCUUCCUCUGUGAAAUGGAAAUGGUUACUGUCGUUCCACGCCAACGCCUGGAACGCCUAAAUCUCCUCUCUGGCCCAACUCCCGCCCUCCGCCCACCGCACCGCGCUCCCUUGCCUCUCUGGCUCGCACUCCUCCUCAAGCGCCAACGAAGAGCCAACAUCCUCCCACCACCCUGGCUCCUCCCCUCUUCCCUCGAAAGAAUCCUAAAACACGAAACCGAGACCUCUCCCCUCGCUUUCUCGCCUCCACCACCACACCCUCACCCGAUAACCGCCCGAAUCUCACCAACAGAUCACAUCUCCCCACCAUUCCUCCCCUCGUCCACCGCCGAAGCACCGCCUGAUUACCUACCCUAUCACUGGCUUGAGCUCGGGGAGAUAUUACUGGAGGCAGCGAGUGAUGAUGUGCCUGAGCCUGAUCGGGUGAGAGGACUGUUGAGGGAUUUAAGAGAGGUGCGAAUGAGUAAGAUGAGAGGGUCGGUGAAGGUGCUUGAAGGGGAGGGAGGAGGGGUUAGUAAGAUGACGGGUGUUGGGGCGAUGGAGGUCGCGGAGGGGAGAGGCUUCAUCUUGGGGGUUCUCGAUGGGUUGAGGAGGCUGGGGAGUAGUAGGGAGGUGGCGAGAAGGGAGAGGGAGGAGGAAGAAGGGGGUGGGGAAGGGAGUGAGGAUGAGGCGAUGGGGUUCGAGUAAGAGUACAUAUUUGAAUGGCGUUUGGGGACGGAGCAUUGCGUGGGAACAAGGAUAUACCAUUGCCUUUUUGCUUUGGUGGAAACGGGCAGGGCUGGCGCUGCGAUGGAUGAUGCAGCGGCAUUGCAUAAAUCAUGGCCGGUAAAAGCAGAAGCAGAAUGACGGAACAGGACAAUCCCAAAUUCGAGCAUUUCCUGACUUUUGACCUCUCCUGACUCCUUCAACCCCAAGAAUAAAUUGUUGGGUAGUUUCCAGCCACUCCUCCACGCCUUUGAUUCUUGCCGUCAUCUUUCCUUCGC